UAUCGGUUUGCAGUCAGCUCUAAGCAAACAGUUAAUGAAUUUUUCAGACACUUAGAAACAAAUGUCUCCACUGUGACGAUGGAGACAAUUUUUGAGCACUGUCUCAAAUCUGGUGAUAAUUUUUUUUUAAGUGAAAGGAAGUUUAUUAGGAAAGUAAAGGAAGAAAGAAAGACUACUCCAUAGGCAGAACAGCCUGGUGACAACUUUUAAAAAGUAAAAACUUUAUUACAAAAACAUUUGUUUAUUGUAGAAAAGCUUUAUUAAAUAAAGCUAAGCAAAAAUAAGGAGGGAAAGAUCACAAUCAGUAUACAUCUUGCAGACCUUUAAAGAAUUAUUUUUGAAAAAACGGAUAUAUACUGUUUUGUAACUAUGUCUCCUAACAAAUAGUCGCAACAUCUCAUUAAUAAAUAUUCACCUGCAGAAUUAUUUUAAACGGCUGCAUGGCAUUUGGAUGUACCACAAGAUACACAACAAAUUUCCUGAUGUUGGCCAUUUUGGUUAAUUCCACUUUACUCACAAUUACUAAUAACGUUGCGAGCUAUAGCAAUAACUUUGAAACUGCAGAGAAUUUCCUUAAUCCUUUUUUAGAAUUCCAGUAGAAUACGAUGGUGUCCCUUCUCCGACAAAAGGGAAUAUCUGGGCAUUAUCACUGCCAAAGAAAAAUGCCUUUUUGGUGGGUGAAAAUGCUACCUCAUCGCGUUAUUGGCAGAUCCUCGAUUAUCGGCGAGUCACUGAGGUUCCGAGAGGGGUGUCUCUGCUCACGCAAACUGCGACCCAGCCGCCUCCCACGGUCUGACCUCCGCCAAGGUGACGCGGCUUAAAGUCAACCGGCGGAAGGAGAGUCGAACGGGACGCGUGCGUGGGAGCGCGCGUGCGCGUACGUGCGUGUGCGCGUGCGCUCGAGAGCGUCAUCGCCCCCGACUGUGGAGACGUGUCCGGCGCUAGCCCCGUUACAGGAAUGUGUUUCUGAUCAUCUGAAUCUUAAUCAUGUCCAACUGCCUGCAAAAUUUCCUGAAAAUUACAAGCACUCGUCUUCUAUGUUCAAGAUUAUGCCAACAGUUAAGAAGUAAAAGGAAGUUUUUCGGAACUGUGCCAAUAUCCAGAUUGCAUAGGCGAGUUGUCAUUACAGGCAUUGGCUUAGUGACUCCUCUUGGUGUUGGAACUCACGUGGUUUGGGAUCGUCUUAUCGGAGGAGAGAGUGGAAUUGUUUCACUGGUUGGUGAAGAGUAUAAGAGUAUCCCUUGCAGUGUUGCUGCUUAUGUGCCAAGAGGUAGUGAUGAAGGUCAGUUCAAUGAACAAAACUUUGUGUCCAAAUCAGAUAUCAAGUCCAUGUCUUCUCCCACCAUCAUGGCCAUUGGGGCUGCAGAAUUAGCCAUGAAGGAUUCUGGCUGGCAUCCUCAGUCAGAAGCUGAUCAAGUGGCUACUGGUGUUGCAAUUGGCAUGGGAAUGAUUCCUCUUGAAGUUGUUUCUGAAACUGCUUUGAAUUUUCAGACAAAAGGUUACAAUAAAGUUAGCCCAUUUUUUGUCCCUAAGAUUCUGGUCAAUAUGGCAGCAGGCCAGGUCAGCAUUCGAUAUAAACUCAAGGGCCCAAAUCAUGCAGUAUCCACAGCCUGUACCACAGGAGCUCAUGCUGUGGGAGACUCAUUUAGAUUUAUAGCCCAUGGUGAUGCUGAUGUGAUGGUGGCUGGAGGUACAGAUUCUUGUAUUAGCCCUUUAUCUCUUGCUGGGUUUUCCAGAGCCCGGGCUCUGAGCACAAACUCAGAUCCCAAGUUGGCAUGUCGACCAUUUCAUCCAAAGAGAGAUGGUUUUGUAAUGGGAGAAGGUGCAGCUGUGCUGGUGCUGGAAGAAUAUGAACAUGCUGUUCAAAGAAGAGCCCGGAUCUAUGCAGAAGUUUUGGGCUAUGGACUCUCAGGUGAUGCUGGUCACAUAACUGCCCCUGAUCCUGAAGGAGAAGGUGCCUUAAGGUGUAUGGCUGCUGCUUUAAAAGAUGCAGGUGUGCAGCCUGAGGAGAUAUCCUAUAUCAAUGCACAUGCUACUUCCACACCAUUGGGAGAUGCUGCUGAAAACAGAGCUAUCAAACAUCUCUUCAAAGACCAUGCAUAUGCCCUUGCAGUUUCCUCAACUAAGGGAGCAACAGGACAUCUGCUGGGAGCUGCAGGGGCGGUCGAGGCAGCUUUUACCACAUUAGCUUGUUAUUAUCAAAAACUACCACCUACUUUAAACCUGGAUUGUUCGGAACCAGAAUUUGAUCUCAACUAUGUUCCACUAAAGGCACAGGAAUGGAAAACUGAGAAAAGAUUUAUUGGCCUCACCAAUUCCUUUGGUUUUGGUGGUACUAAUGCAACACUUUGUAUUGCUGGACUGUAGAACAUAUCAUUUGUAAUUAAAUACUGAUUUUUAAAUGUUAAA